AUGAUGCGAGACCGCUGGUUCAGGGGAAAAGAGGCUCCCAUGGACACCUCUCCAGCGGGCCCAAGGCAGCCCUCGGUCUUUGACACUCCGGACCCAGCAGACAUGUCCAUCGACUCGUCCUCUGGCGGGCCUCUCACUCCCAGCAAGCAACCCACGCCACACCUCCAGGAACCCCUCGCAGACGUCGAAAUGAACACCCUCACCCCGCCAUCGAACCGCUUCCAAGACCACCCCAAUCCGAACCAAGAUGGCACCGCCGCCGCCCCUGGCCCCUCCUCGUCCUCGGGCUGGGUGGACGAGGGCGCCAGCAGCGCAACCCGCGAUCCCUCUCCCUCCAGGCAGCGCCCCUACAGCUCCGCCGCGGUCCACCUCAUCAAGAGGAAGCGCAGCCUACAGACAAAGACAGGUCGCAUGCGCCGCCACGGGCAGCAGCUCGUCGUCGCAAGAAAGUCGGCGAGGAACUUUGACGGCCAACUCUCCGGCCCCGGCGACGGUGACGGCGACGAAGAUGGAGAUGAUGACGAUGACGAUGUCGACGACGACGACGACGACGACGAUGACGAUAGAUCGCUCGGACGCAUCGGACCCAUGACCAAGAACAUCGUCAACUACUUCCUGCCCGGCAGCGGUCACCCGGGCGCCGGUCCCAACCAUCACCAUCAGCAAUUCGGCGCCAUGGCCCCGUCAAAGGGCGCAGGUCCGCCCAGCGCCGUCCACCACCUCGACUGGCCAGAGCUGCUGCUCGGCUACGCCCAGUUCCUCUUCAACGCAAGCAUCCUCGCCGCCUUUCUCUACCUCCUCUUUAGCAUCAUCCGCACCGUCCAGCAAGACGUCGCCGAAAAAGUCCGCGGAUACGAGAUGGACACGCUGAGCGAGAUUACAGCGUGCGCCGCCUCGUACGCGGCCAACCGGUGCGGCACCGAGAUGCAGGCGCCCGCGCUGGCGGCGGCGUGCCUCAACUGGGAGCGGUGCUCGGCGCGCGACCCGGCCGUCGUGGGUCGGGCGCGCGUGACGGCCGAGACGUUUGCCGAGAUCCUCAAUGGCUUCGUCGACGUCGUCAGCUGGAAGUCGAUGGUCUUUUCCCUCGUGACGCUCUCCAUCAUUGUUGGCGCCACCAACUCGGUCUUUUCCUUUUUCCGCAUCAGGUCGCGGCGGCAGCGCGAGCAGCCGCACCAGUCGCAGCAACCACCGCCGACGUUGCAGCAGCAGCAGCAGCAGCAGCAACCACAGCAUCAGCAUCAGCAGCAUCAGCACUUGCCGCCGGCCAUUGAUGGAGGUGCAGGUGCGGCGGCGCCGUACGGCUACAUGGGCCAUCACCCGCACCCGGCAGCAGCUUACUACCACCACCCGCCGCCACCACUGCCAGCGUGGUCGAUGGGCAGUGCUCCGUCGACGCCGGCGCGCAGACGCAUGCCGCGCUCCGGCGCCGUCGCGGUCGAGUAG